CUGAGAAGGCUGAGAAGAGUGUUGUGGCAGUAAUGUAAUGUAAUGUGCGACGGAAGGAAGUGUGGUAACCUAGAAAAGGCGAAGGAUGUUGUAUUGUCGGUAUCUUUGUGGAAUGUUAUUCUGCAAGUAAAAGAUGGAUUCUAAAUACAAUUUAGUGGGAGGAAAGUCGUGUCCUAAAUUUCCAACGAAGAAGCCAGCAACUGUUGUAAAUUUCGGUAGUAGCACAAAGAAAGCAAGACUUGAUCAAAGACCAACCGAGGUUACGAAGCUAGGUCCCGGGACCCUACUCCAACAAAGAAAGUCUCUCCCCGUGUAUGGUGUUCGAAACAGGCUCAUUUCAGAGAUUCAGAAACAUUCAACAGUGAUAAUUAUUGGAGAGACUGGCAGCGGUAAGACAACACAAAUUCCGCAGUUCAUGCAUGAAGUACGGUUGGACAAGAAUGGAAUUAUUGGAAUAACUCAGCCACGCCGUGUAGCAGCUAUAACUCUGUCUCAGCGUGUCUCACAGGAAAUGAAUACUGAUUGUGGAGCUAUUGUUGGAUACACUGUGAGGUUUGAAGACGUUACAUCAGAAUGCACAAAGCUUAAGUACCUCACUGAUGGAAUGUUACUUCGAGAAGCAAUGUUGGACACUUUAUUAAUGUCAUACAGCAUAAUUGUGUUAGAUGAAGCUCAUGAAAGGACCGUGCAUACAGAUGUGUUAUUUGGAAUUGUGAAGCAGGCCCAAGCACUUAGAGAUGAGAAACUGUUGAAACCCUUGAAGAUUGUAGUAAUGUCAGCAACAAUGGAUGUUGAUCACUUCAGUGAUUAUUUUGGCAGUGUGCCUAUAUUAUAUUUGGAGGGACGGCAGCAUCCAAUUCAAGUUUUUCAUGCACUACACAGACAAGAUGAUUACGUGUUCAGCUGCUUAGUCACCAUAUUUCAAAUACAUCAGGAUGCACCAGCGAACCAGGACAUAUUGGUGUUUUUAACUGGACAAGAAGAAAUCGAGGCUAUGGCACGCAGUAUUAGACUUAUAGUGAAGGACCUGGAUGGCAAAUGCCCAUGUCUGAAAGUUUACCCUUUGUAUUCGUCACUUCCUUCUCAUCAGCAAUUGGAUGUGUUCAGGCCCACUCCUCAGGGAAUGAGGAAAGUUAUUCUUAGUACAAACAUUGCUGAGACAUCGGUUACAAUAAGUGGGAUCAAAUAUGUCAUUGACAGUGGUAUGGUGAAGGUCAGAACCCAUCAUCCAGGAACUGGGCUUGAUGUAUUGAAAGUCCAGAGGAUAUCACAGGCCCAGGCAUGGCAACGUACAGGAAGAGCUGGCAGAGAAUCAUCGGGUUUUUGUUAUCGAGUUUAUACAUUUCAGGAAUUUGAUGCAAUGCUGAAAAAUUCCAUCCCAGAAAUUCAGAGGUGUAACUUGACAAAUGUUGUACUGCAGCUCCUUGCUCUUGAGAUAGACCCAUUGACAUUUAACUUCCUGGAUAAGCCACCAAAAGAGUUAGUGAAUGGUGCACUGCAGCAGUUGAAACAACUUGGAGCCAUUGAUACAGUGGAAGGCACCAAGCUAACCGAAAUGGGGCAUCAAAUGGCUCUGUUUCCUCUUGACCCACGCUUCAGCAAGAUUUUGCUCUCAGCUAAAGAUUAUGGUUGCUUAGAGGAAAUUCUAAGCAUUGUGGCCUUGUUGUCAAGUGAAUCUGUGUUUGUUAUACCACCCAGCAAACGUGAGAAGGCAGUAGCUGCACAUACGAAGUUUUUCUCUUCAUCAGGGGAUCACAUCACUCUUCUUAACAUAUACAGAAGUUUUAGCGCAGUUACACAGAAGAAGCAAUGGUGCCAUGAGAAUUUCUUAAAUAUGCGUAAUCUGCAGUAUGCAAGUGAAGUUCGCUCUCAGUUGGCUGAGCUUUGUCAGCGGUGCAAGAUGCAAAUGUCUUCUUGUAACCAAAAUGUAGAUCAAGUGAGGAAGUGUCUUGUAACUGGAUUAUUCAUGAACAUUGCUGAACUGCAAAGAGAAAGACAGUAUCUGACUGUGGAAUCAAGACAGAUUGUUGCUAUCCAUCCUUCAUCUGUACUCUACAGUUUGCACCCUCACUGUGUUUUAUUUACCGAAGUUAUCCAGACUGGAAGUUGCUAUUUGCGACAGGUCUCACAAGUGGACCCUGAAUGGCUGAGGGACAUUGUGCCAGAAUAUGUGCAGCAACAUAGACUUCUAACUUUAGUCAGUUAGCGUGAGAUAAAUGAGAGUUUCAAGUUAGUCGUUAAAGACUUUCAGAGUGACUUUUACUUCUUUAAAUCCUUAACAUGAGAUAUUUCUGGUGUGGUGUAGGGCUUAGCAUUUGUUUUAGUUGAUAACAGCAGUUAGUAUGUAAACUUCAGGUACUGAUGUACAACAGCUUAUGCAAUGUGUAAAGACAAGAAUAUUAUCUGGCAAGGUAUGUGUUAGGUUGUGCCUUGUUUCAGGCAGUUAAUUGUCAGUUCAUGAAGGAUUUAUGGUGGAUAGAGUGUAACUGCUGCAGGUUUUCUCCAAGAACUUCGGUUUUGGCUACCAGUUUUUAUUCCAUUAAAUGCUCCAUUUCUUUUCUGUAUCAUCUGGUACAGUGGGUCAUUUAUGGCCAGUGUAUGAAGGGACUCAGUCUCACCACACUCUAAGAAUAAAAAUGUGUUUUAAACAUAG